AUGUCAACUAAAGGAGAGCAACCUAUACCUUCAUCAAUAGAAGCACUAGGCUAUCGAUGGUUAAAGCGGAUAAGUGAAGGUGCAUUUUCAAAGGUACAUUUAGCAGAGUAUCAUAACCGAAGAAUGAAUUGCAUCGAAACGGUAGCCUGUAAACUGAUCGACACAAAAAGGUGUAGUGAAAAGUUUCGCAAACGAUUCCUUCCAAGGGAACUAACGAUCCUGUUGCAUGUGCGCCACCCCUACAUCAUCCGCAUACAUGCCAUUGUUAAAUGUCGAAGUAAAAUUUGUAUCUUCAUGCGAUACGCUGAAAUGGGUGAUCUGCUAUCGUUCGUUAUUGAACACGGUCCGUUAGGAGAACCGCAGACGCGCAUUUGGUGUCGACAACUUGCGUUGGCCGUCCAAUAUCUUCACGAAUCGGGCAUCGCACAUCGAGAUCUAAAGUGUGAAAAUGUUCUACUGUCCGCAAACUUGAACGUAAAAUUGAGUGAUUUUGGAUUUGCACGAUAUGUUGCUGAGAAAAAUCGUCAGCCGCAGCUUAGCACAACGUUCUGCGGUUCGUUUGAUUAUUCUGCGCCAGAAUUGCUGAAAGGGAAACCCUACAAUCCAAAAUCAUCGGACCUGUGGGCCCUUGGAGUUGUGCUAUACAUGCUGCUCAACAAAUCCGUACCAUUUAAGGGCAAAACUCGCCAGGUGUAUGAGCAACAAUUGACACGAGCUUGGAAGUUUCGUUCGCGUGUGAAUGAUGCCUUAUCUCCAGAAGUGAAAACGCUCGUAAGGAGCCUGCUCGAACCCAACCCCAUGAUUCGGUGGACGAUUGAGAAAGUAUUGGUCUGCGAUUGGUUGAUUCAAGAUCGUCGCUUGAGGUCUUUGAAUGCUGAAGAGUUUUCAGCUCUAGCAGAAGCGAGAAUAUUUGCUAGGUCAUCCGCUGAUAUGGAACGUGUUAAAGAAAAAUUGCGACUAAUGGAAAAUACCGAACAAUCAGUAACGAUGAUCAAGGAAACUGGCUCAAAAUUGAGCUUCAGAAAGCAGUCUGAUUCUUUAAUAUCCCAACGGGCCUCACUUGCAGAACAAGCAUCGGACUCAAAGCCCAGGUAUAGCAAAUGA